AUGGAUAAGAUGGAAGGUAGAUUCCAAGACAUCAGCCAGGGGUCUCGGGAUGUACGGAAGUACGGGGAAGAGUUCAACAGGCUCCGAAGGUUUGCAGGACGCCAUAUGACUGAAAAGGAACUGAUUCGCCGCUUUAUGAAAGGUUUGAGGAUCGAACUCAAGAACAACUGCAAUGUUCGGGAGUUCCGCUCCCUGAACGAACUACUGGAGAAGGCAGCCGAGCAAGAGGCAGGGAUAGAGGAGGAGCGCAAGCAGAAGCAGGCCACCCGAGCCGCGAAGCGUCCUCGCGAAACUACCACCCCUGUGGACAACGGAACAGUCCGCACGCUUUGCACAGAGUGCGGGAAGAUGCACUACGGAGAGUGUAAGGGAACAGGAUGUUUCAAAUGCGGACAACGGGGCAUAUCAAACGGAACUCUGUGUGGACGUUACGGGCAUGCGGCCCGGGACUGUCGCGACCGGACUGAAGCAGGGACCGGAGCUGCGCUUCCGGCGCCACCGCCAAAGAAGCCAGCAACUCAACCGAGAGUGUUCGUCGCAGGGAACAUCCAGGGAGCUGAGACCAUAGCAGGGAGGGUGAAGGUCGGAGGAGUUGUAGCUUACACACUCUUCGACACGGGAGCCACCCACAGUUUCGUGAGCCAGGCCCUAACCAAGAAGUGA